AUGGCGGAUGAAUUAUCAGCUAACUUAUCAAAUUAUCACAAUCAGAUUGAGAUGGUUCUGAAGGCAUUGGAAGAAAAUCCUGCUAAUGACGAUCUACUGAAAUUGAAAAGUGACUUGCUGGAAGUCAUCGUGCUGACGGAAUCUUUAAUAGAAGAAAGUCAACUUAAAACAAAACCUGAAAAAUGGAAGGUAGGGAAUCAGUUCAUCGUGCUGACGGAAUCUUUAAUAGAAGAAAGUCAACUUAAAACAAAACCUGAAAAAUGGAAGGUAGGGAAUCAGUGUCAGGCAGUUUGGUUAAAAGACCAACAAUUCUAUCCAGCAAAAAUUGAAGAAAUAAUGGAAAACGGGACUUGCGCAGUUGUCUUUGAAAAGUAUGGAACGACAGAUAUUGUUCAGCUUUCGUCUUUGAGGGAGCCAGAAGUACCUACAAAGAAAGUUAAUUCAAAAAAACAAGCAUUACAGGCUCAAAGGGAGUACAAAAGGAAGAAGUUCCAGAAGAAGAUGAAGCAGCUUGAAGAUGAAAAAGAACAAGAUAAACGCAAAUGGGAACAAUUCAAUGCCAAAAUAUUUUCAAAAACUAAUAAAGGUCAAGUAAAGAAAAGCAUAUUUGCAUCACGUGACACCACAGCUGGCAGAGUUGGAGUAAGAACAAGUGAUGUCAGUGGCAAACCAGCGUCAAGGCUCUUCCACGGGAAAAAUUAA